AUGUUUGUCCGCUGUAAAAUCAUUGAUUCCAGGAUCAAUGGCCCCACGCCCCCCUCAAAAUCAACUACCAGCCACAGCUUUAGCAGGUAUAACUACUUCCUGAACACCCUGGACAACUCCCUUUCCAACGAGGAGGCUUCCGUGGACACACUGAAGUCCCACUACAAUGACCUGGUGUCCUUCGUGCGAAACCUGAGCGUGGAGGAGAAGCAGGAGAUUCAGCGAGACAACAAGGCGCUGUGCUCUUGUCAAGCUGCAAUGUAG